AUGAUCUUUGGCGCCCUCCAAUUACUGCAGAAGAUGCGAAUCCGCCUCAGUAAUACCUUCAAGGACCUGAUGAAGGCCUUCGACACGGCAAAGCAUGAUGGCAUCUGGAAAAUGAAGCCAAAAUUCUGCUGUUCUGAGCGACUCACGCACAUGGUGCGUCGGCUUCACGACGGGAUGAUGGCACACAUCACGGACAGUGAGACAUUUUCAGAAGCAUUCGCAGUGACCAAUGAAGUGAAGCAGAGCUGCGUGCUCGUCCCACCCGCAGUGAGUGCCCUGGAGUUAGCGUUGUGUGUCGGGCCGACAGCCAACUUCUCAAUAUCCAACGCGUCCAUCCACGACCUGCUCUUCCCGGACGACCGUGCGCUCAACACCCCAACAAAACCGGACAUGCAACAGAGCACGAAUCUCCUCUUCUCCGGCUGCGCCAACUUCGGACUGACCAUCUACACGGACGAGAACGGUGGUCGCGCAUCAUCCGUCACCUAG